AUGGGUUUGAUACAUUCUAUCGCUUGUCAAGAUGCAAAUCCUAUUAAAAAGCAACCUAAGUUUCCAAACUUGUUCUAUGAUGCAUAUGGAAAUCAAUUAAAGCCGCAUCAGACAUAUAUUGCUCUUUGUUAUGGUUAUUUAGGCACAAAUUAUCAUGGUUCUAGCUUGCAUGAUCAAGAUAAAACAGUUACUUUAGAAUUACAAGAAGCUUUAGUGAAUUUAGGCGUAAUAAGUCCAAACAGAACUAAAGGAGCAUUAAAAUGGUCAGAAUCUUCAAGAACCGAUACAGGCGUACAUGCUGCUAAGCAAGUCGCUACAUUUAGAUUAGUAUUGCCUGAAGGAGUUAAAGUAAAAGACUUACCAAGGCUUAUUCAAAAACAAUUAUCCAAAAAUUCUCCAAUAAGAGUUUGGGCAGCAGUCAAACCAGGAAUUAUCUUUAACGCGCAGCAAUCAGCAUCAUCUCGACGCUAUCAUUACUUAUUACCAGUAAAUACAUUUUCAUCAGAAAAUAUCGACCACUUAAAUUACUUAAGAGCAAAGAUUUGUCCAAUAUUUGUUGGAAGACAUCAAUACGCAAACUAUACAAGACAUAUUACCGAUGAAUUACUUCAUACAUCAAUUAAAACAAUUUCUGAGUUCACUUUUACUGAUCCAUUUGAUGUGAAUGGCACAAAAUAUGUUUUAUUCACUAUCAGCGGUAAUUCCUUUAUGUUGAAUCAAAUUCGAAAAAUGAUUGCAGCUGUUCUUGCUGUUUCUCAUCAUUUGAUGACAGAAGAUGACUUAAAAGACACAUUGACAGAGACCAGAUGGCUUCUCCCGCGUCUUAUUGGCACUGGUUUGUUUUUGGACCAAGUUUUCUUCGAACAAAACCAAAUUAUAAGACAACACAAAGACAAACCAAUUCCUAAAAAGAAAGAUAUUCAUUUCUCAUUUGUUUCAGAAGAAAUUGAAGUUUGGAAACGAAAUAUUCUUUUUAAUCACAUUGAUCAGAUCGUCAAAGAGAAAGAUCCUUUCAAGGAAUGGGUAAACAACAUUUUACUCCAGUUUCCUCCUAAUAAAUUCAACAUUGAUGAUCAAAAACAAGAAUUUAGUUCAUAA